AUGCCGGCGAUUGAGAGCGGUGGGGAGUCAAGGCUGUUGCUCGUCUCGAACCGGCUACCCAUCACCAUCACUCGCUCCAGCCAGGGGAAAUAUGAGUCGUCGAUGUCCUCUGGAGGCCUCGUGAGUGGCCUCAGCGGCCUGUCCAAGACAACCAAGUUCCAGUGGUAUGGGUGGCCAGGCCUAGAGGUGCCAUUCGACGAGGUUGAUAUAUUCAAGAAGAAGCUGAAGGAAGACUAUAAUGCGGUGCCGGUCUUUAUCGACGACGAACUAGCGGAUAGACACUACAACGGCUUCUCUAACUCGAUAUUAUGGCCUCUUUUCCACUAUCACCCUGGAGAUAUCACCUUCGAUGAGUCUGCUUGGGAGGCAUAUCAAGAAGCAAACCGUUUAUUCGCCCAAUCGAUUGCAAGGGAUGUCAAGGACGGCGAUCUCGUGUGGGUACAUGACUACCAUCUGAUGCUAUUACCUGCUAUGCUUCGUGAAGAGAUUGGGGAUGCCAAAAAGGACGUUAAGAUCGGCUUCUUCCUGCACACGCCGUUUCCCAGUAGCGAGAUAUACCGAAUUCUACCUGUUCGGAAUGAACUCCUGCUCGGCGUCCUUCAUUGUGACCUAAUAGGCUUUCACACAUACGACUACGCCCGGCACUUUUUAAGUAGCUGUUCACGAAUAUUGAGUCUACCCACCACUCCUAACGGUGUAGAGUUUCUCGGGAAAAUCGUAACCGUCGGCGCAUUUCCAAUCGGUAUCGAUCCAGAUAAGUUCACAGAGGGCCUAAAGAGAGAGAAAGUACAGAAACGAAUAACUGCACUGCAACAGAAGUUCCAGGGUGUUAAGUUGAUGGUAGGCGUGGAUAGGUUGGACUACAUCAAGGGUGUGCCUCAGAAGCUACAUGCCUUUGAAGUAUUUCUAACAGACCACCCAGAGUGGAUCGGGAAAGUUGUACUGGUUCAGGUUGCUGUUCCAAGUAGACAGGACGUUGAAGAGUAUCAGAAUCUUAGAGCUGUUGUGAAUGAGCUCGUAGGACGGAUAAAUGGGAGAUUUGGAACUGUUGAGUUUAUGCCAAUACAUUUCCUGCAUAAAUCGGUCAACUUCGAUGAGCUCAUUGCUCUAUACGCUGUCUCUGAUGUGUGCAUCGUCUCCUCAACUAGAGAUGGAAUGAACCUUGUAUCGUAUGAAUACAUUGCCACUCAGCGUGAUCGCAAUGGUGUACUCAUCCUGUCAGAAUUCGCUGGUGCCGCCCAAAGCCUUAACGGAAGCCUUAUAAUCAACCCCUGGAAUACUGAAGAGCUAGCUGCGGCUUACAAAGAAGCCGUCACCAUGAGCCCAGAGAAGCGGAAGCUAAAUUAUACAAAGUUGGAAAGAUAUAUCAAUAAGUAUACUAGUGCGUUCUGGGGUCACUCAUUUGUGUCUGAACUGACAAGGCUCCCCAACUGCACCGAAAAGAAGGUCCAUUUCUCUCAGGCUACUGUGGAAGAGAACAAGGCCAUUCGUAUGGUUCCGCACACAGAACUGCAGUGA